AUGUCCUUUCUAACCCGCCUAGCCAGCUUACUAGGCCUAUCAUCCCCGGCCCCUGUUGCACCCCCAGGCGCUGCCCUCGCAGCAACCGUCACAGUACCUGCAUCCUUGGGAUUCGUCCCAGUCGCAAUUCACUUUGACCUCUUCGGUAUCCUCGUAAAUCAUGGCGGACCCGCCACGGCUGAUGAAGUUUCGGCGACCUGCAAUGCACAUAUUAAAGCCCGAGGAAAAGAUGAGCCCGAGCUGAGUACCAGAUUAGCCUCGGACACACUCUACAUUAUGGCCGGACUCGGUCUAGUCGAACUCGUGGCCCAGGACUUAUUCACGGCAAAUCCCAUCACAAACCACAUGGUUGCCAUGCCGUCUGCCCAGCAUGGCGCACUGCACUUCACUACCGAAGGCCUAAUGGCCGCUGCAUUCCUGAUGAAGAAGCUCCAGGACACCCGCUUUGCAUAUCCCUUCGCCGACGCAGACGGCCCGUUGCAAUAUGCCUAUCGGCUAAUGGGGGAAUCCAAGCUUGCAGAUCAGCAUACGUACUCGAUCAUGGAGACCCAGGGUCGCAUGGAUAGUUUCAACCAUUUCAUGGUCGGCAAGUUCUUGAAGUUCGGGACCUUCCCCGAGCGUGUCAAGUCGAUGGGUUAUGAUUUAGAUGUUGCAUUAUCUAGUUGCACUGCUACUGGCUCUGCUACUAUGGUUGACAUCGGCGGCGGUCGUGGCGAGCUCCUCCUUGAGGUCCAGGCUGCAUACCCGCAUCUCGGCGCAGAGGAUCUAAUCGUGCAGGAAUUCAAUGCCGAUAUUGAUGACGUGCCUGGUGUGCAUCUCAUGAAUUGGAAUUACAAGGAAGAGGCUGAACAACCCAUUCGUGGUGCCCGUGUUUAUGCGCUGCAGCAUAUCCUGCAUAACUUGCCCGAUUUGGAUGCUGUAGCGUUGUUACAGAAAAUUUCGCGUGCUAUGGCACCUGAUUCGCGACUAUUGAUUAUUGAGUAUGCGAAGAAUUUAACUUAUACUUCGCUACAUGCGAGUAUGAUUGCCUUGUAUGGGGGACGAGAAAGGAGUUCGGUUGAGUGGAGGCAAAUGGCGGGUUUGGCUGGGUUAGAAGUAACCUUCGAGGCUUAUGUUAGAGCUGGAGAGUCAUUGGUUGAGAUGAGGAGGAUAUUCCAGGGCUGA